AUGGCCAACAACUUCACUUCUUUGGUUAACAAGCCCAUUACCGAGACCUCCUCGAGAUGCCUGACAGAGUCCGUCACCACCGCCCACAACUUUGAGGUGACUAGCUACUCGCUGCUCCAGGGUAUGGGUGCCCGUAAGUUCAUCAGCUCAAGCAAGUUCAGCAACAGCGGUUACGGCUGGAACAUGAUAAUAUAUCCUGAUGGAUUGCAUGAGGAUACAGGUGCCUACAUGUCGGCCUUCUUGUGUUUCUGCAGUGGGACAACAGAUGCAAAGGUGAAGUACACUUUUAGUUUACUGGAGAAAGAUGGAGAAGUUAAUAAUCUAGAGAGUGCGACAUAUACCUUUAAGCAAGUAGGUGGUUGCUGGGGCUGGGGCAAGUUUAUUGCGAACUCCAAGCUUAAGGAACUGCUAUCCCGCAAUGGCGACUGCUUCACAAUCAGAUGUGUUUUGACCGUCGUGAAAGAGCCUCACACAGAAGAUAGCACACUCAUAGUCCCAGUUCCGCAGUCGGAUCUGCACACACACUUUGCAACCAUGUUGAAGGAUGGAGAAGGCAUGGAUGUGACAUUCAGUGUCCAUGAUCAACUUUUCAAUGCACACAAAUGCGUGUUAGCUGCGCGAUCAUACGUCUUCAAGGCCGAGCUCUUUGGUCAAAUGAAAGAGACCACCAUGAAACACAUCAAGAUUGAUGACAUGGAGCCUUCCAUCUUUGAGGCACUCCUCCACUUCAUAUACACGGAUACUCUGCCAAGCAACUGUGAUGUUGAUCAGAAUGUGACAUUGCAGCACUUGUUGGUUGCCGCAGAUCGCUAUGGACUGGACAGGCUAAAGGCUAUCUGUGAAGGGAAACUAUGCAAGAGAAUUGAUGUGCAGACAGUUGCAACCACCCUUGCUUUAGCGGAACAGCACCAGACCGUGCAACUCAAGAAUGCUUGUCUCAGAUACCUUUCUUCACAGGGCGUGCUUCGAGCUGUCAAGGAGACCGAUGGAUUCAGGCACCUCACAACAAGCUGCCCAUCAAUCAUGGUGGACAUUUUAGACAUAGUCACCCCACCUUCAGUAGUAUGA